GCUCAUCCUUUCGGAGGCACGCCGUUGGCUAUGCUAGCAGCUCAGUGUAACAAAAUCAACGACAAAAGUCCUCCGCCUCUUGCGGACGCUGCAGUUGGUAAAGGUUUUCAUCCUUGGAAACGUUCCCCUCCCAUCAUGAGCGCUCCUUGUCCAAUUACACUCAACUCACAGAGAAUGUCAGCUUUGACAAGCUCACCGAAUUGUUCCUCCUCAGGAUACACAUAUGCUAGAGGUACCACUAGCUCAAGUUGUACAGGAACAGGUUACGGAAGUGACGUUUUAUAUCCUGUACCGAGUACACAUGCGCAAACAGAAAAUACUCAAUCAUCGUUGCUUCACAAAAUGCAUUGUGAUAGUGGAUUAAAUGGUUCUACACUUGGUUCCAUGUACUCUAGAGUGCCGGGAGUUACUGCACAUCCUUACGAAAAUUGGCCGUUCAAUGUUGCGGGAACAAAUACUCACGGUAUCAAAACGGAAAUGACAUCAUCAGUAAAUCACGCUUCCUCUUGGUGGGACAUGCAUUCAAAUCCGUCCAACUGGCUGACGGAUAUGACCGGAACUGCUUCCGGACUUCAUUCACAGAUAUCAGCUAACUAUUCCGGAACUGAGUACCCGUUGAACCAUCCCCUCAGUUCGGGAUCCGGUCCAUUUUUAUCAUCAGGCCAGCAUCUACUACAGGACUCUUACAAAUCAAUGCUACCUACUCAAGGCGACAUUGGUGCAUCAUCGGUGCCGAACUUUUUGUCGCGUCCUGCGAUAUCAGGAGUUCCUGGAUCGCGUUCAUCAAGACGUUAUAGUGGUCGACCCUCUUGUGAUUGUCCUAAUUGUCAAGAGGCUGAGAGACUCGGACCCGCUGGGGCUCAUCUAAGGAAGAAAAACGUUCAUAGUUGUCAUAUUCCCGGAUGUGGGAAGGUUUAUGGGAAAUCUUCUCAUUUAAAGGCCCAUUUAAGGUGGCAUACAGGCGAACGCCCCUUUGUGUGUAACUGGCUUUUCUGCGGAAAGCGUUUCACGCGUUCAGAUGAGCUACAACGUCACUUGCGCACGCACACUGGAGAAAAAAGAUUUGCGUGCCCUGUUUGUAAUAAAAGAUUUAUGCGCAGUGACCAUUUAGCAAAACAUGCAAAAACUCACGCUGACGGAAAAUCAGGCAGCGGUUCCGACUCUGAGAACAGCAAAGAUGCCUCGAGCCUAAAGACAGCUAAGCAACAGAUUGUGGCCGGGGCAAACAGCACGGGAAUAAAUAACCUACAAAUAAAGAAUGUGGCUAUGAAAUAA